AUGAAAAACGCAAUAGGUAAUCAAGAAAACAAUUCUAUUCCAAAGUCGACAGGAAGUAAAGAUUGCACUAAAGAUAGCUUGGAAGAGGAAGAUAUAAAAGAAAUUGCUUCACCUGGUAAUUUGGGUUCGACUGUGUUUAAAGAAGAUUCCUCCAGAAGGCAUGCUAACAUAAGAACCAUUGGGAAGGAGAACAAAAAGACCAAACUAUUUGAAAAUGGUUUCGUUUCUGUAAGGAAAGGAAGCAAAGAAAAUGCUGGCAACUUUAUUAAGCCUGCACGGUUUCAGUUUGAGUCCUCGAGGCAUGAAGAAAAACCUGUGAUGAGAUGUCUGAAGAAUGCAAACACAUGCAGGAAAGUUUUAUCUGAAUCAUCUAACUUUCUCUAUCCUGUUGUAGUUGGAAGUACUGGAAAAUGGUGUUGCCCUCAGAAGAAUAAACCCGACAUUGGUCCACCUCUAAAGCAGCUUCGGCUGGAGCAAUGGGUUCAUCGAGUAUAA